AUGAGGCAAAUGAAGGAAAAACAAUGUUAUGACCCAAUGGGAAUGUUUGAACCUUUACAAAUUCCCCAAGAGACUCGUCAGAAACUCGAACUUUGCUGUCAGUUCGACUACGUCGACGGAAUGGUUACUCGAAUCCAAUUCGACAAAGAAGACGUCUCUUGGUCUAAAAACAUUAAAAGAGGAGUGCUAAACAUGCUCCAAAUGAAUUUACGGCAUAAUGAAGAGGGGCAGAAUGUUAUGGGGGAAAAUAAAAAUCUGGAUAGAUUAGCUCAGAGCUUUACCGUUCCUGAAACAACCGUUGAAGGGGAAUGCCAAACUAUCUAUACAAUUAAUAAAGAAUCAAAGCAAUGUCAAGAGAGUCAACAACCCUGCUCUUUCAACGUUACAAAGUCGAUAAAUUUCAAAAAAUGUUCAAAAAUUGUUGAUUCAACUAACGGAUUCCAAACAGAACAACCUCAGCUUAAGUGCAGUCAAUGCCCUAUGAAUGAGGAUGUAAAAGUAAAUGAGGAGCAUGAGGGAACAGCGGAGAAUCAAUGCGCAGAUUGCGACCCUAGAGAGAUGACUGAGCAGAUGUUGGAUCGUCAAACAGUCAUCCGCGCAGUGCUAAAAUGUGGAACAGAACAAAAACAAAAUACUUGCCCAAAUUGUUGCCAAUUAGAUAAUUCAGAAAUGACUUCAAACUAUAUUUAUAAAAAUACAAAAAUUGAGAGUGAAGGACUUUAUGGCUCUGCAUUGAAGACAAAGACAUGCGCAAAACUUGUUUUAGAAACAGUACAAAAUAUAGAAAAACCAGCCCCUCUCGCUGCUACAGCAGAAUCAGAUGAAGCAUUGCUCUACUCGAAUGAAUGGGGAAUGGAUCUUCGACGUUUCUAUAUGUUCGGAGACGAAGCCUUCCCAGAUGUCAACAGUUUGCCAUACAAAAUGCCAAAAGUUGAAGAAGCCACCCAAGCACUCCGGUCUAUCGUACAGAGCACAACGGAUCACCAUCACGGCAUCAAAACUAAACAUACCGUCGAUCUGAGUAGAUUAGUUAAUAAAAUGAGAAUGUGUAGUUAUGAAGAGCUAAAACAAAUUGAACAGAAUGCCAAAGACCAAGAUGGAGAGAAACAACAAAAGGUAGCAAUGGAUGUUUUUGUAGAUUCCUUGGCUACGAGUGGAACAAGAAAUACUGUUAAGCUUUUGGCUGAGAUUAUUGAAAAUGAGGAAAUUGAUGAAAGUAAAGCAGCAUUUGCCAUUAAUCAGUUGAAAAACCUUCCGAUUCCUUCCAACUCCAUUCUAAAACAAGUCAAACAACUUGCUCAAAAUGUGAAUGUACAAAACAAGCCUACGGUUAGACAAGCAGCUUGGCUAACCUUUGGUGCGUUGGUCAAUGAAUUAUGCCAACAUAAGGGCAGAAAAGCGAUGGAAUCAUCUCAGGAUGUGUCAAAAUCCGUUCAGGAGCAAUGUACUGAUGAUAAGAAGGAAGAGUACAAAAGGACAUUGUUAGAGCAGUACAGCCAAGCCACAACUUUCUACGAUAAAUUCCUUGCACUUUCUGCUUUAGGAAAUGCCGGAAUUGAUACUACAACACCUUACAUUGACCAGAUAAUUAACGACAAAUCUCAAGAUUAUCUAAUUCGAGUAAAAGCAAUUGAUGCUCUUCGCCGUCUUUUCACGAAACAGCCUCGAACUAUCCAACAAAUUCUUCUCCCAAUAUUUUUGAAUAAUCAAGAGGAUUCUUAUGUUCGUUCUAGCGCCUUGACUACUCUAUUGAGAACACAACCAGAACCUUCAGUAAUUGACCAGAUUGUUUAUUCAAUGAGACAGGAACCAAACAAACGUGUAAAGGCGAGUACUUAUCAGACAUUGAAGAUGGUGGCUGAAUCGAGAAAUCCUGUUGAUCAACAAGUGUCAAAACAUGUCAAAAACGCUUUGAAAUCCGUCAAUAUUGACAAUGAAGAAAUGAAAAAGUACAAAUUGUGGCAAAUUCCAGCUUUCUGCUCUAAGCAACAAGAGGGAGUUUUCUUCACUAUUGGUGCUAGAAAAGCUAAGCGUUGGAUGCCAAACUUUUCUUAUCUGAAAACUGACACGUACCUAAAUGAAAAAUCAAAUCUUGACUUGUUAACAGUAUAUGUUCUACAAGCUUCUGAGGGUUAUGAUAGUUAUGGAGAGACUCGUAAUUACACUGCCAAUACAAAUAAUGACCAACACAGUGAGAACAGCAAGACACUCAAACAAAUUAAUCAAAUGCUUCAAAUCAAGACGCGAAAUCCAUUUAAGUAUGGAUAUGGAGAUGAACAACAGCCUUCCUCACAGAAUCCGUUGAAAUAUGGAUAUCCAACUGGACAACAAUCUACCAAUUAUUUCCUCAGAAGUCAGCAAAAUCCAUCCUCCGUUCUCUGUGUUAGAAUUGGAGAUGUUGACCAUUCGUUCCAUGCUCUAAAUCAGAAUUGGGAUAUCAUGUCCAAAAAAAGUGGGAUACUAAAUUGGGCUAUAAUGUCCUCUCAAACUUCAAUCCCAACUACUUCACCAAUGUUGGAAGAAAUCCUUCAGUCAAUUCAAAGAGGAGAAAUGCCUAAGUUCAAUCGUUUAAUCUCCAAAUUUGGUCUCCAACAACUCCAAUCUGUCCAAAAUCACACAUAUUCUGCAAUCUUUAAUGAGAGAGAAGCAUUAAUUCCAACUUCUGUGGGGAUUCCUGUCAAAAUUGUCAACUCAGUUCCGAUGCUCAUGAAUGUAGAAGCAAGUACUCAACUGCAAAAUAGGCAAAGCCAGGAAGCUAAAAUUCAAAUUGAUGCGAGAAUCAUGGCUGGCGUUUCACACGUUCAGAGAAUUGGCUCCUGGACACCUUUCCUCAUCACCGGCGUAAGCAACACCCGCUCCGUUGAAGUCAACCUUCCAAUCCAGGCUGAACUAAAUGCUAAUACCGAAGCAUCUAGGCAAUCCCUCACUGUCAAAGUAAAAAUGCCUAAAGAAACAACUCGACUUCUUGGCGCUCAUUCGCAUCAAUACACCUACAGAGCUGAAAUUGACCUAAAUACAAAUUCGCCUAUGGGGAGAGAAUACCGUACCAUAAGGAAUCCAAAACUUGACCGUCUUCAGUAUCAGAAGAACAAAGUUAUUGGCUCUAAAAAUGUUGGUGUUCCAGUGCAUGUUUAUGCUCAUUACCAUUGGCCUUCAAAUGCUGCCAACAUUGUCCAAAUUCUCAAAAUGCUCACUUCAACAGAAAACGCAAUGCAUGUCACAUACCAACCCGGACAAGAAACUGCACGCGAAGUUGUGUUCAAUAUGAAUACAGAAAACUUCCAGCCUGUAAAGGCAUUCCAGUCAAAAAUGGGCAAUUUCUUUGAGAGAAGUGCUACGUCCAAUGAAGAAGGAAAUGUUCGUAAAACUAAAACACUUACUAUAAGAUACCCCAAAUAG